AUGCUAACCGAGAAGAAUUUGGAACAUUCAGCCGACUUGGAACUCGAAGGUUUUAGAUACGAAAGUACUGACGAAACAGUGGUAAAAUUAUUAACCCCGGAAUAUGCUGAAGCCGAAGAUCAACCUAAAGCAGAACAAGUAGAGUAUGAAGAGGCAAUACCAAUAUCUGAAGAUGAUUUAGAGGAGCAUAGGCAUCAUUGCUCAGAAUGCCCUCUUCGUAAGGAGUACAUGGAAAAACACAUUCUUACCAAACACCAUAAUUCAAUGUACAGAUGCGAUAUUUGUGGUCAACUAUUAAAGGCUAUGUUCAUAAAAGCACACAUGGAAGGGAAUCACCCACCGCUGAUAGCUUCUGUGAGGCCUGUUGCAGAGUCAAAGUUCGAACGAAAAAUGUUGUUUUGCUCACUAUGCAAGUAUAGCUCAAAAUCAAAAUACGUCAUCCGGAGACAUAUGGUUAGUCAACACUUGACGGAAUUGGAAGAAGAAAACUCGAUAAUAAACGAAAUUGAAGAAUUUGAGUUUAUUCCUCAUGCAGAAGAUUUACAAAAAACCCCAGCUAAUAUACAAUUUGAGCUGAUUUCCGAAGAAGAAGACGCAUAUCUUGAAGAGGGUGAAGUCGAGGACGAAGUCAUAGAAUUAGAGGAAAUAGAACAAGCGAAUGAAGGAUCUGAUGAUAUUGCUCUAUCAAAUGCUGUGAAAGAAGAAGAUCCAGAUAAUAUACAACAGCCUAUUGAAGAAUUUGAGAAUAUUCCUCAUGCAGAAGAUUUACAAAAAGACCCAGCUAAUAUACAAUUUGAGCUGACCUCCGAAGAAGAAGACGCAUAUCUUAAAGAGGGUGAAGUCGAGGACGAAGUCAUAGAAUUAGAGGAAAUAGAACAAGCUAAUGAAGGAUCUGAUGAUAUUGCUCUAUCAAAUGCUGUGAAAGAAGAAGAUCCAGAUAAUAUACAACAGCCUAUUGAAGAAUUUGAGAAUAUUCCUCAUGCAGAAGAUUUACAAAAAGACCCAGCUAAUAUACAAUUUGAGCUGACCUCCGAAGAAGAAGACGCAUAUCUUAAAGAGGGUGAAGUCGAGGACGAAGUCAUAGAAUUAGAGGAAAUAGAACAAGCUAAUGAAGGAUCUGAUGAUAUCGCUCUAUCAAAUCCUAUUGAAGAAUUUAAGAAUAUUCAUCAUGCAGAGGAUUUACAAAAAGACCCUCAUAAUAUACAGCCUAAAGAAUUUGAGGUUGCUUCAGAAGAGGAGGAAGUUGCAAAUGUUGAAGCCAAAGAAGAGGUCAUAGAAUUAGAUGAAAUUUCUCUUACAUGUACUUCGAAUGAAGAUAUAUACGAUAUUCACCAGCCUCUUGUUAAAGAUGAAAUCCACAUUGAAGAUACAGAUUCUCCAGAGAUCGAAACUGUUGAAGAUAUAUUUGCGGUGGAUGCAGCUUGUUCAAGCAAUGAACAACGUCAAAGUAAGCAAGAACGAGGUCUAACCUACGAUCAGGCACAAAGGAGAUGGUACUGUCAACAAUGCUCUUAUAGUGGGAAGAGCAGGCAUUAUGCUGUUUCGCAUUUUGAACACGUUCAUAGAGGAGUUCCAAAGAAAAAGAUGCAGUGUGAGAUCUGCAGUUACGAGUCAGGAUCUUGGCGGUACUUCAAUGAGCAUAUAAAUCGGAAGCAUCGUACGGAACCUCGACCAGCCAUCUUACCAGACGAAGGAAUACCUUGCAAGCAACAGGGAUGCGACUACAAAGCGCCCUCUGUGGACGAGUUGAGUAGACACAUAGCGCGUCAUCUGCAAACUUCCAUUCAGGAAAUGAUGAAGUACAAAUGUGAGGAAUGCCAUUUUGCUACGGUCUCGAAAGCCGUUCUGAAAAAACAUAAGUGCAUGCCUGUAAGAUUGUUUGAAUGUUAUGGCUGCAGAUUUAAAUGUGACAUGAGAAUAAAUCUGUAUCAACACAUUUAUAAAUGUCAUGGGUAUACGUACUCAAAAAAGAAAGGGUACCGGUGUCGAAAAUGUGGAUGUGCUGCCAAAGGCAAAACUUGGAUGAAGCGCCACUACGCGAAGUGUUCGGAAAAAUAG